GCGGCUCGGGCGCUGAUUGGCCGCGGCCUCGAAAGGGGCGUCUGAGGCGCUGGCGGCGGCGGGCAGAGGAGGCGGCGGCGGCGUUGCUGCUGCGUGGUGCUGCUGCCCCGCCUCCGUCGCCUCUCGCCUCCUUCCCGUUCCCUCUCCCUCCGCCAGGCCAGGGCCAUGACCGACUUCAAGCUGGGCAUCGUGCGGCUGGGCCGAGUCGCCGGCAAGACAAAGUACACCCUGAUUGAUGAGCAAGACAUUCCACUUGUGGAGAGUUACUCAUUUGAGGCUCGAAUGGAGGUUGACGCUGAUGGAAAUGGUGCUAGAAUAUUUGCUUUCGCUUUUGACAAAAACCGGGGAAGGGGCUUUGGACGCCUGCUGCAUGAGUUACUGUGGGAGAGGCACCGAGGAGGCAUUGCUCCCGGCUUCCAGGUGGUGCAUCUCAACGCAGUGACGGUGGACAACCGCCUGGACAACUUGAAAUUGGUUCCGUGGGGCUGGAGACCCAAAGCUGAAGAAAUCUCUAGCAAACAAAGGGAACAAAGCUUAUACUGGCUGGCGAUACAGCAGCUUCCCACAGACCCCAUCGAGGAGCAGUUUCCGGUGCUGAAUGUAACCCGCUAUUACAAUGCGAAUGGGGACGUGGUGGAGGAAGAGGAGAGCUCCUGCACAUACUACGAAUGUCACUACCCUCCCUGCACAAUGAUUGAGAAACAGUUGCGCGAAUUCAACAUCUGUGGGCGGUGCCAGGUGGCCCGGUACUGCGGCUCGCAGUGCCAGCAGAAAGACUGGCCGGCUCACAAGAAGCACUGUCGGGAGAAGAAGCGCGUCUUCCAGCAAGAGCUUGGGCCGGAGCGAUGACCGGCCGGCCGAGGAAGCCUUAGCCCGUCGGGGCGCCUUCUCAGAGGGUGAGGGGAGGUGCCUGCUUUGCACAGACUGCUCACUUGAAGCCAGAGGCACUGACAACGAGGAAACAAACAAACACAAACCUUACAAACCAACCCCCUGUGAUGCUUGAGGAAAGGGACUGGUUCUCCCCUUCCAGUGUUAAGUCUCAAGCAAAAAAAAGAAAAGACUACUGUGGGAGCUCUCCUGGCUUGGAAGCUUCCUGUUAUUUAUAUGUUAAUAUGUUUGUAAAGUUGUGUACAGGUUUUUUCUUUUAUUUUUUGGGGUUAUUUUUCUUUUGUUAGCAGUUCUCUUAUAUAGGACUCAUUUACUGUACUGUUCGGGUGAGAACACAUUUGUGGGUUGAAAUAACUUGUCCUGUAGCGAAUCGCUGUUCCUCCCGCUGUGGCUGGGAGAGGGCCGGGGAGCUAGCGCCGACACCAAGCGGUUACUCUGAACAACUCUGCAUGGAAGUUGUGUUUUCAAGUAAAGGAUUGGAAUGGA